AUGACUCAGAGUAAAGAGAACUAUGAUCUUACACCUCUUGUCGCGCCGAAUCUGGAUAGACACUUAGUGUUUCCUAUGAGCCGCAUUCUUAAGUUCAAGAUCGAGCUUUUGAAUCAGACAAACAUGGUCGAUUACGCUAUGGAUAUUCACAAGAGUCUUUAUAACACUGAAGAUGCUCCUAAAGAUAUGGUGGAGAGGAGAUUGGAAGUUGUGGCUAGGCUCAAAUCUCUGGAGGAAGCAGCUGCUCCACUCGUGUCUUUCCUUUUGAACGAAAAUGCAGUGAAGGAGCUUAGAGCUGACAAAAAAAACAAUCUCCAUAUAUGCUUAAAGAGCGAUAACAAUCUCCAUAUAUGCUUAAAGAGCGAUAUCAGAUGUAUACAAAUUGGUCCAGACCAGAUUGAGGCUUUCUUUGUAUCAGUAUGCUAA